AAGCAGUUUGAUCUGUCUCUGUCUGACUGUCUGAUAGCUUUUCCAUGAACACUGGAUUGGCCCUGGUCUUUUUAGGAUUUGAAAUUUAUAAUUAUUGUACCUCACUAAUUUCCUAAUCUAUCCUCACAAUUGUGUGCUAGGCACCAGAAUUAAAGAAUCAAUUAACAAGAACACAGAAUAGAUGUUAGUCUGAAGUGGCAAAGUCAGUGGAAAAUUUUCUGUAUGAUAAAAAGUGAGGGUGGAUUGGAAUGAGGCUAUGGAUCAACCACCAUGAUGUGGUGUCUGCAAAGAGGAUGGCAAAACAUAAUCAUCCCAUCUCACAUGCUUCCCCUCUCCAAUAAAGUAUUACUACCAGUUAAUUGAUUACUCUCCUAUUGCACCAUUUGUAUUAUCAGAUAACACUACAACAGCUAAGCAGACCAACACAAAAGCUGUUAGCUAAUUUACUUGACAACUAAUACAGUAUUACACUGGUUUUAACUUUUUGGCCUCUAUGUGCAUAUAACAAUCCAUGUUCUACAUGUGGUAGGAUUAGCAGCUGUUGCACAUGAUUGUGUUAAACUGAGUACUAAAUCAUGCACCAAGACCUUUCCAUAAUCUUUGACUGGCAUGUAAUUCAACAGUACAUAUAUACUUGAUCAGAAUGCCCUGAUCAUCACAAAUACUACACUGGUCUGAACUGUUUGGUGUGAAAUUCUAUUUUGACCUAAUUAAUUGAUUUCCAUCUCAUUUAAUUUGCUGCAAAAUCCAAUGCGAGAUUAGUAGUACUUGUUCGUACUAUUUCUGUACCUGCAGAGAGUGACACAGAUCAUAGUAUCAUACAGUAGCAGCCAUGAAUUUAUAUAUAUAUAAGCAUCCAGUGCCCAAAAGAAUCAAUCUAUCUUUCUUACCUACUUGACUUGCCCUUGUCUCUGUAUAAAGAGAUCUCAAGCUGAGCUCAGCUCACACACACAUUGCCUUAGCUUGCCAGCUUGUGUCAUCGGCGGCGGCGGCGGCGGCGAUGGACGAGUCGUGGAGGUGCACGAUGGGGUCGGUGCUGCCGCGGCAGAGGUCGUCGGACCACCACGCCGGCGGCGGCGGUGGCGGCGGGCGGCAGAGCCUCGCGCCCGACGACUUCCGCGACGUGUUCGGCGGGCCGCCGCGCACGGUGCUCCUCCGCAGCUUCUACGGCGGCGAGGCCGCCGCCGAGAGCUACCACUCCCCGGCGAUGGCGCAGCAGCAGCACCACCACGUGUACUACGGCGGCGCCGCCGACGCGUUCUGCCGCCGGGGCGCCGCGGCGGCGGCGGCCGUCGUGCCCACCGAGGAGGGCUUCUUUGACGACAUCUUCGGCGCCGGCCGCCACGCGAGGUCGAGGUCGAGGUCGACGAAGUCGUCGUCGGUGGUCAGCUCCGACGAGUUCGGCGCCGGCCCCGCCUUCUACCGGCCGGCGGCCGCCUCCUCCGGCUGCCGCGGCGGCGACGCCACGCUUUCCUCCUUCGCUUCCAAACUCAGGCCGAUCGCGAUCCCGUCGCGGCGGUACGACUCGUCGCCGCCGUCGACGGCGUCGACGAGAUGCGACUACCAGAGCAGCUUCACGUGCUCGACGGCGGCGUACCCGGCGUCGCGCUGCUACUACUACGCCGGCAGGACGGCGGCGACGAACCACAGCAGCGCGGCGAGCAGCCACGCGGCGGCGCAGCAGCACCGUCACCACCACCGCGGCGGCGGCGGCUUCUGCUGCUUCACGUCCAACCCGGAGACGACCAGCAACGGGCACAGCUUCCGGCGGACGCGCGCCGGCGGCAGGAGGGCGCGGUCGCCGGCGGCGACCGACACCGACACAGCGACCGAGUGGUCCCAGUACUCUCACGCCGACUACGGGUACUACUACUCGCCGCCGUCCGCCGCGUCGUCGUCGGCGUUCGGCAACCCGCUGCCGAGGACGCCGCGGCGGCUGGAGGAGGUGGUGAUGGAGGUGAGGGAGAGGGCGCCGUUGCUGAUGGACGACGACGGCGGCGGCGACAUCGACAGCGUCGGCGCCGCCGCCGUGGACGAGGCCAUUGCAUGGGCCAAGGAAAGAUUCUGGAGCCAAUCCUAGUAGUAGAAGAUGGCCAAUUUCAAUCCACCAAUUCAUGUUAUGCCCUUUGUAAAUUGGAAUCACAAAUUCAUUCUUAUUAGCUUAGAUGCCUAGAGAUGAUUGAUGAAAAUGUGGGUCACAUCAAUAUAUUUUGUAAUGCGCCUAAUCUUGGAAGAUUGAAAACAAUCAAAGUUAAGCAUACAAGAUUUCUCUUCAGAAGCAACAAGAGAAGUGUAGGGAAACAUAUCGAAAUCGUGCUCUCAUGAUAGGAGAGCCGAUCCAUUUUCCUCGUAUAUUAUGUUUCAAGCUUCCACUUAUAUGGCUACAGUGCUACAGUCUGGUGAUAAUUGCAAUCAGUAAUACUAAUGCACAGAUUUUGCUGCAACCCGUAACUAAGAACACUAGAGCUGCAGAGUGGGGGUGAUCCUGAGGAAUACCGAUCCAUAGAUUCAGAUCCUAAUUUUGAUCCACGCUACACAAAACUUGGACAAUGAAAAAGAAUGCAAUGACCAAA